UUUAACUCCUAACCUUAUUUUGAAUUCACAGCUUCUUUCUGGUACGAUCACUUUGAUGGGACUUGUGCAAUGUUUGGUGAUCUUCUCGAUGUUUUCUGCACAGCUGGUGCUCACCUCUCCGCUGAAAGAUGAGAGAAAGUAUUGCGAGUUAGCGGGCGGGAGAUGGUGCAAAAAGUGCCCUGCAGGUGAGUAUCAGAAGUCUUGUGCAGAGUGUGCGCCCUGUCCUGCAGGAUUCUACACACCUGAGCUCAACUGUGAAUCAGACUGCAUUGCCUGCUCCAGAGACUGCAGAGCAGAGGAACAUCUGAAGGUGGUUCAGAACUGCAGCAGCUUGUCCAACAUGAAGUGUGUCUGUGAGGAAGGCUUCAGAUGCACUCACCACGUCACCGCUUCAACAAACUGCAGAAAAUGUGCAAAGAUCCAGGAAACAACAACAACAGGAUCGGAUAAACAGACGACGUCCUCAGCUUCCCGGGGACAAAGCAGCACUUCCACACAACACUGCUCAUUUCCCAAUUGCGGCGCUCCGUCACUGGCAGGAAAUGGCACACACAUAGACGGGAAGCGCGUUCCGCUGGAGGCCAUCUUGUGUCCGGUUGCUCUGGGAUGUUUGGCCCUUUUGAUCCUGUUCUUCUGUCAGUCAAACAGAGAUGAAAACGGAAAGGAGACGUGUUUCAAGCGAGCUAUUGCGAAGUUAUGCAGUGAGGGAGCUGGAGAUGCUUCUCACAAGCCGCAGGAAUCCACUCAUCCACUCCCCAGAGACUCAUUCAGUGCAAAGCAGCAGCAGCCGACCGGCCUCUCUGCAGCCAACCAGGUUCCAGUCCAUGUCUAUAAUCCAGGGACGGUCAUCUUCGGCCUCCUCAAUCAGUUUACAGGACAAGUUGGUCCGAUGAUUGAAUGUGGGAAGAAGACCGAGAGAGUGACCAGCGAAGAAGAACAAGAUGAAGAAGAAGAGGAAAAAGAAGAAGUAGAAGAGGAGAGAGGCUGUCCUGUGUUUCACCCCACAUCCUCUCCCAGCAUCCAUCUCUCUGAGGAGGAGAGGAGUGGAGAGGCGGACAGCAUUUUCUUUCCUUCCCAGGAGCAAGGAAAAGACUGCCAUGUGUCCAAAGAGGAGGCGUUAUGAUGCAUCCUGAAUAUCUCAGACUCUCAGAUUUGUGUUGGUGGUUCACGACCACUGGCAUCCAGACUGUAACAAAAGUAACUACAGAACAGAUGAAUGUGGAGCCUUUGGGAAACUGUGAAGGGAUCUCAGUCACGUGCAGAGACAUUUUUAUCUGCAGCUUCUGGGAAAAAUGUGGUCCAAGCAGAACAGGAAACUUGAACUUUGGGAAGAACAGCUGGAGGGGGAUCUCCUGUGUAAGUUAUAAUUUAAAAAGUCAUGUAAAUACUCUUUAAAGUGUCAGACAUGAAUGUUUUGCAUAAAUGUUCGAUUUGGUUACAAUAAAUCUUUAUUUAGAAUUUUUAAAAUCACACUUGAAAUGACUAAAUCUGAAAAGUCUGUUUAUAUUUACACCUAUAACUGUAACAUAGUACAUACCACCUUUAAGUAACAUGCUGUACAAACUGCAUAACCGUUACAGUCACAUUUGAUAUCUGAAGUCCUCCUAUCCUAUUUAUCAUGUCUCAGUCAAGUUUCCCCUGAAAACAGCAGCAGUCUUGAAAUCUGUUCUUCCAUUACCAGCAUGGGCCGAGUGACGUUUGCCCCCGUUUGCCAUCGAAUGUCCAAAGUGAUGUUUGGAAGUAAAUGUUCAUAUUUUCGCUCAUGCAAGUUGGUGCUCCUCCACUCAUACUUCACAUUUCCCGAGCACUUCCUGGAUAGGCGUGGACACUCCUUCAUCAUCAAAGCGUGCCGGUACCGGUGCAGGUUCUUUAGCCAAAAAGUAGCCUGAGCAGCAAAAGAAAGAGGGGAGAUAUCUUUAGUAUUCAGGUAAAAAUAUGAGGUAAUUGUCACUUUAAUUACUGAAAAUAUUCCUUUGUGCACAAUACAAUGUGUUACAUAUUCUACUCUCAGUGCACUCCCUUUAUUUGUAGACUACUGCAGGGUUAUCGGCUUCAUAUUAAUGAUCUACUAACCGUGCUUGGAUUUGAUCCAGCGCAGAAAGGGCUUCAUUUUUGCUAAAACAACGAUUGCAAGUCCUGCACACAGGAGGGCAAUAAUCACCAGGAACCACGCUGUGUCUGUAGGAAUGUGUGAGAGAGACAUUUAUAGAUUUAAAUACACUGGAGAGAGAUAAAUGAUGUCCUUGUUUUCAUUGGCACGGACAGAACUUUACCUCUGAUCUGUCGAGGCCAGGGUUCAGUGAGGGUCUCGUAUCUCAGGACUGAAAGGAAACAGAUUAUCAGCUCAGUGUCGACACAUUUAAGAGUUCAUUGGAAAUAUUGAGCUAUUCGUGCUUCAGAUUAGAUGGUGAGCUCGUUUUGUGCUCCCUUAUUUGAUCUGAUAAGGCUGUCUGGAUAUGUAAAUACACAAAAUGGUUUAUAAUUACCUCAUGCCCCCCUGUGAGUGAGCGUGACCUGACGCCACGGAAACAGAAUAAUAUCUAAAUAAAGUCAAAACAUGUUGAACUUCACCCCCUUUAUUAUCUACUAUUUGUUAUCAUCACGUCGGCUUUCCGUUUAACUGGGCAGCCGUUCAGGAAUGCUGCACGGUACGUUGCUGUGGUUACAGUGCUACAACACGUUGCCACGGUUGAGUUACCGGUGGAUUCCACUGGAGCAGUGAUAACAGUGGCUGAGGCCUUAAAGGAGACCAUUUUAAAGAAUAUAACAGUAUUAUAAGUAUGUGAUGUGGAUGUUCAAUCAGAAUUCUCCCUUUAAGGCGUGUAGAAGUCAAUUGAGCAAAACAAAUUAAAAUGUUAUUGAAGUUU